AUGGCGGCAACAACACCAGCGGCGGCAACAACACCAGCGGCGGCAACAACACCAACGGCAGCAACAACACCAACGGCGGUAACAACACCAGCGGCGGCAACAACACCAACGGCAGCAACAACACCAACGGCAGCAACAACGCCAAUGGCGGCAACAACACCAGCGGCGGCAACAACACCAACGGCGGCAACAACACCAACGGCAGCAACAACACCAACGGCAGCAACAACGCCAAUGGCGGCAACAACACCAGCGGCGGCAACAACACCAGCGGCGGUAACAACACCAGCGGCGGCAACAACACCAACGGCAGCAACAACACCAACGGCAGCAACAACGCCAAUGGCGGCAACAACACCAGCGGCGGCAACAACACCAACGUCGGCAAAUGCAAAGUCGCCAGUCACCUCUGCUGGGCAGCACAAGGGAGUGAUCAUGACUGCCGAGAUGCAACGCGAUAGCAAGCGCAUCGUCAUCUCUCGCCCCUCUACCAACCUGCGCAUAGUCCACAUGACCGACCUAGCGCGCCCGUCGAUUGCAUACAAGCUGACUCCUCACUUGACACGCCAGUCCACCGCACUCAUCCGCCGCAUCCGCCACCCGCGCAAAUCUCUGAACGUUUUCCUCACCAAGUACCCUCUCAUUCGCAAGAUUGCUGAGGAGAUGGGCUUCGAGAUGGAGACAACGGAGGAAGAGCUAAACGAGUACAAAUUCAACCUCUGUUGGAGCGAUACGGUGCUGUCCCUCAUGCGGCUCGUGCGCCUGAGAAACUGGCAGCGCACGAACCACUUUCCGUCGAUGCAUCUGCUUUGCCGUAAGGGGCACCUGGGGACGACACUGGGGAAGCUGCGCCGCAAGCUGCCCUCGCACUUCGCCUACUACCCACGCACGUGGUCAAUGCGAAGCGAGCGGAUGCAGUUCACGCGGUACAUGAUGGCCGUUCGUCAGCGUCGUAUAUUCAAAUACUUCAUCUUGAAGCCGAACUCAGGCUGCCAAGGCCGUGGCAUCAUCGUGGCGCGCGAUCCACUGACGGCGCUGGAAGAGCACACCCUCGACAACUACAUUGUACAGGAGUACGUGCACCGCCCGCUGCUGCUAGAAGGCAAGAAGUUUGACCUGCGCGUGUACGUGCUGCUCACCUCCAUCCGCAACCCGUCUGUCUUUCUCUUCAACGACGGUCUCGUGCGUAUCUGCACAGAGCCGUACGAGAUCCCGAACGAAGAGAACGCGAAGCAGGCCUGCAAGCAUCUCACAAACUACGCAGUGAACAAGAAGAGCUCAGACUUCGUCUUCAACACCAAUGUGGAACACAUGGACGUGGGCAACAAGCGCAACUUCGGCUUCCUCAAUCGCUGGCUCGCUGAGAGCGGCCACUCGCCGGACAUCUUCUGGCACGAGGUCGGCUUUAUCAUCGUCAAGACCAUCCUCGCGGCCCAGCCGAUCAUCGCCAAGGUGUACGACUCGUGCUUCCCCACCGGCUUCAACGAGGGCUACUGCUGCUUUGAGGUGCUCGGGUUUGACAUCCUGAUCGACAACAAGAUAAAGCCGUGGCUCAUGGAGGUCAACCACACCCCGUCCUUCGCCACCGAAACGCCGUUGGAUUUGGAUAUCAAGAGCAAGCUGAUCUCAGAGGUGUGGAGCAUCAUCGACUGCAAGCCCAGCGAUUACGAGAGGGACCGGCAGCGCGAGCACGACGAGUUCGCGAAGCGCAACAUGCCCCCCUGGGCAAGCAACCACCCAGUCUACGGGUGCCAGCUUAGGAAAAAUACCUCGCGCGGCCCUGGCGUCGACGACUCAGACUCGCCACUGGACCACAGCUCCGCGCCAGCGGACCCCACGCAUGCCGAAGAGGAGAUUCCGUCUUACGUGCAUGCCCGCCGCAGGCUCGAGGACUCCAAGCUGAAAAAUUUUAAACGCAUCUACCCGUCUCCCAACUCAGAUGUGCAGCUCGUCUACGAUACAAUCCAGAACCUGGCCAAGCUGGAGUCCGCCAAUAGUCGCCUCUACUACAACAGCACAGUUGCCGCACCAGUGCCGCCGUCGACGUUGACGUCCUCGCCGUCCCCGAGCGCCCACACGAAUUCCAUCCUGGUCUCGCGCGGUCGUCCACCGUCGCUGGGUCCACUCCUGACCUCGCGUAUUGGCGGCUCUAGCGGUACCCCCAGAAUUCCCCUACCGCAGCGCACGCAGACACCACUGAUGGGGCCAAACGCUGCCGCUGCCGCGCAGACCCCUGGUGCUGUCGCGAACAACGUGCCCACGUUCACCACCCCUUCCGUCACGUCAACUCUCUCUCCUGGUCCUGAGGGCCAGGCCUCCUACACAACUCCCUUCAAGCUUAUAGAGAAGGAUAUUCUGCGUCAUCGCCGUCGCUCGUCGGACGUCCGCGGCGGUGCGCCGGCGCUGUCCAACACGUCCACCGCCCAUAGCAGCCCCACACCAUCAGAGAACGGCGCAACGGUCACCUCCACGCCGGCGGCUACAAAGCCACCUAAGUCACCGCGUGUCCACACGCCUCGCAUCUCGUCCGUCCACGCUAGAAAGAGCCUGUCCUCCGAAACGCUGCCCUCUACACCGCAGCAGGACAGCGCCAAGAAAGCUGCGGCAGACAGCGCGGUAGCGAACGGUGUGAAGCCGCACGUGGCUGAGGUGCAGCGCCGUGUCACCAAGCGCUCAGUCACAGUGAGAGCAUCCAAAGCCACGACGAUUAACGUGUCACCGGCGGAUGCAACCGCCAUCCCUGCCAGCGUGGCCCCGCACAAGACGGUGCCAAAGACGGACAAGCCGAGCGCGACGGCUGCGGACGCCAGCAACGGUCUCCCAACGUUCCACCAGAACGGUGAUGGGGCGGCGGCGGCGGCGCCUGGCACCAUUGCACCGUAUCCCGCGGUCGACCGCCCCAUCCGUAUCUCCAGCCGUCCUGCCCAAGGACAGAAGUUGUCGUCGCCUUCCCCAGUGACAACACCGAAGGGGCCUGAGCGACCCCGCUCGAACAGCCACGAACUCCCCUUUCCCAGGCGCAAGUCCGCCUCGCUAAGCAGCAGCAUGCGCGACCUCGACCUUAGCGGUCUGGUGCACUCUCGCCAGAGGUCGCAGGACCGCGAUAUGCACUCUAUGUUCACGCAUCUAGAGCCGACGGAAGAAGAGCUGGCUCGGCUGGCAACGCUUCAGGCGAUGCUGGACUACGAGGCCGCCGCCGACCCGAAGCCGGACGAUGAUGACGAUGACUACAACCUGACGGAGUGA